AUGUGUUGCAGUCCGCGGUUGCAUGAACACCCCUUCCAGCUGGGUCUCCUCCGAGUUGAUCUCUCAUGGAGGGCCGCCCAGGAUGCAGCCUUCCUGGCACAAUCACGAGUUAGCCAAGUCACAAUCGCCUACUCCGUGCCCAUUCCGCUCGAGCUGUUGAUGACUGGCCUGCGGCUCUGGGUCAAAUUACGGGGCCCUCGUGGACGACUCAGUUUCGAUGAUUAUCUGAUGGUGUGGGCCACUGGCAACUACAUCUUCAGCCACUUCUACAAUGCUGCCAUUGCCAGCACCAAACUCGCCGUGUUGGCCCUGUACCAUCGCAUCUUCGCAACCUUCAAAUUUCGCGUCGUAGUCCUCAUCACUGCUGUCUUUGUGAUCCUGUGGUUAAUGACGAUGGAAAUUGUGUUGGGCCUACAAUGUCGCCCUAUCUCGCGGUUCUGGGACGCGGAUCUGCCAGGUAAAUGCUUCAACCUCGUGGCAUUCAGCUACUUUACCAACAUCACCAACCUGGCCACCGAUAUGGUCCAGACUCACGUCGCUCUGGACAGAACGUGUGCCAUUAGUGCGGCGCGUCUUUCUGUCGUGGUCUCGCAGGGCUCACCCGACUUUACCUGGGCCGGAGUUCCCUUGGGCAUCCUCUCCGCGUGGGAGCCACUCGGCGGGAUCUUCUGCGCCAAUCUGCCCGUCAUCUAUCGUGCAGUAAUCACCAUGUUUCGCAACCUCAAGAGUUCGGCCCACGGCCCAUCCGCGGACACGGCCAAGCCCAAUUCACAGCCCUACCGGGACGCAGGGCCAUCUCAUCGACCGUGGGUCCAGCUUUACAGUGGGCGCGGCGCGCAGGUGGGAGCCUCUCCCACCAAGGCGCAAGGUGCGGUCACGGAGUUGCGAUCAAUGGAUCGCAAUGUCAUCGAGGUGGAGCAGUACUUUGAGCAGAGGGUUAACAAUGAAGACGAAGAGGCACCGUUGCGUCCAUUAACAAAAGGAAGCUCUUAG